GAAAGUUGCGAUGACGACUGUGAGGGCAGAGCAGAAAACUUAGCCCGAGAGGAAGAAGCCAUCGAAUCAUCAAACCAGUCUAAGCCAAGAAAUCCCAAAAGUCAAGAUCAAGAACAGGGACAGAGCAGGACAAGAGCGGGUUGCUCUCUCUCUCUAUCUCUAUCUCCGUGGCGCUGCGAUUCGGUGACGGAAAUGAGGAGACGGACGAUGUAUGCUUGGGGAGUGGCGAUCGUGUGCUUCGUAGUGCUGAUGAUAGUCACUCCCGCCAUUCCCCAAUCGGAGGCAUACCACGAUUUCGCUGACAAGCGCGAGUUCUUCGGCAUACCUAAUACGCUCAAUGUAGUUUCAAACUUUCCAUUCCUUGUCGUGGGCCUCGUUGGUCUGGUACUUUGCUAUUAUGGCAAUUAUUUCAUGCUAAGCUCGCAAGGUGAGCUUUUGGGUUGGACUUGCUUUUUUGUUGGUGUCGCUGCUGUUGCUUUUGGCUCCUCUUAUUACCAUCUCAAGCCAGAUGAUGCAACUCUUGUUUGGGAUCGUCUCCCGAUGACCAUCGCAUUCACUUCAAUAGUCGCAAUCUUCAUCAUUGAAAGGAUUGAUCAGCAUAAGGGAACAGUGUCAAUCGUACCGUUGAUUUUGGCUGGAAUAUUAAGCAUUUUAUAUUGGAGGUUCUUCGAUGAUCUCCGCCCAUAUGCUCUUGUCCAAUUUCUUCCUUGCAUCGCCAUACCAUUAAUGGCUAUAAUAUUACCUCCAAUGUAUACGCAUUCAACAUACUGGCUUUGGGCUGCAGCAUUUUAUCUUAUAGCUAAGGUGGAAGAAGCAGAAGAUAAAGUGAUUUACGGAUGGACUCAUCAUAUCGUUAGUGGGCACACGCUGAAGCAUCUGUGUGCAGCAAUGGUUCCUGUUUUCUUGACACUCAUGCUAGCAAAGAGAACUAUAGAUCUAGAGAGGCAAAGUCUGCUGGUAACAUGGAAGGUUUCCUGGUAUAGAUUUAAAGAGAAGAAUUCAAGUGUAGAGAGACUCGACUGCACCUAUUCAAAUGUUUCAGUUGUUGAAUCGUGACAUGGUUUGUACAUGCUCUCUUUCAACAAAGUUCUCCACAUGUAUACAGACUGAAGUUCUACUAACACAGAAAAUCUGCUAACAUACAGAUCAUACCAGUUGGAGCUACUUUAAUGUGUUGUAUAUAACAAUGGAUUUGCUUUAUCAACUCUGCCUUACCUUGAAGUCUUAAACCAUGUUUUACAUAUUUUUCUCUUUAGCAAGGCAAAUAGAUCACUGAUAUGUUUUAUAUUC